UGAUACUGCUUCUUGGCGCCGUCUUCGGCAUCCUCGGUGGCGUCGGUGUCUUCUCGUCGUCUACGUCCGUUUCUGACAAGGCGACCCCUGACCACCAAACCAAGUCGAACGGCUCGUCCACGUCACUAACGCCUGCGACGGGCACCGCAGCACCUGGCACACUGCCCGACGUUGUGGUCAACUCGUCUGUAAGCGUGUCGCCGCAGUUUUGGAUGACAGAAAUUGGCGGCUGCGAGACCAUCCCCGAUGGCGUCACGCACGUAUAUUUCGCGUUUGCUGAAAUCCAAGCGGGCCUCGUCAACCAGUCGUUCCAGACGAGCGAGGCCAACAUGACGAUGUGUGUCUCGGCGUUGCGCAA